AUGCAGCUACCCGAAAGCGCAGAUGACUCUACAUCAUGGCUUUUUGCACCAUAUUUACCUGAUAAGCGACGCAUAAUAAUUUUGGUUGAGCAAUAUUUUGCUCAUGUUCACCCCUUGCGUUGUUUCGGGUUUGUGCAUAAGCCUUCGUUUAUGCAACGAUUGGAUGAGGAUUUGGAAUUUUGCAGGGAUGAAGAGUCACUUCUCCACAUUAUAUGCGCACUUGGGGCAAAAUUCUUGGCGCUCGAUCAUCUUUUUCGACUCUCGCCUGAGUUGGUUCUCGCUGCGGGCAAUCAGUGGGCGAAAACCGCAAAAUCUCGAGUUUUGGCGGAUUUAGACGACCUGAACAUUGAAAAAUUGAUGACUGCAAUCCUUCUUUACGACCAUGACCUUCGAGUGGGAAGUUACGCAAGUGCAUUUAUCCUGAGCGGUAUCACGGCCAGGAUCUCCCAAGCGCUGCAACUCAAUCUCGAGAGCUCUGCUGAUAUCCUAUGUGAUUCCAAGUCCACCUCCCCAAUAACCAAUGAGUCCAAGCGACGCAUGAUGUGGAGUUGUUAUGUUAUGGAUAGCUGGGUGGGUAGCGGUGUCAACCAGCUCACACUCCUUGAAGAUAAAGAUCUCAAGAUCCAGCUUCCCUGCCAUAGCCACAACUUCUCUCUGGGAACACCUUGCAUUACUGAGACAUUGGACGAAGGUAAAGUACUUGGAUUUAUAUCGCAAGAGCAAGUUCCUUUUCAACCCACUCAAAAUAUGGGGAUCGAGGCUUAUUUCAUUCGCCUUGUGAGCAUCCGCAAACGAGUCCUUAGAUAUGUGAAACACCUUGAUACGUCCAGGCCACCCUGGGAGCCCGAAUCAGAAUUCCAACAGCUGAAACGAGACUUCGUAUCUUGGAAGCGAUGUUUACCUCAAAAUCUCAAAUGGCAUUCAGGCGCGAUUUGGGCGCGCAAAGAAUCAUCACAGUUGGGAGCACUAACCCUACUCUGGUGUACUUAUCAUCAAACACUUGUUGAUCUGUAUCGGAUCGGCAUGCCAACUUUGUUUCGUAUAAGGCGAUAUGUUGAAUUUCCAUUGGAGCAGCAAAAUUUUCUGGAUGACUGCCGCAGAGUCUGCUUUAACAGUGCUCGAGAGGUCUCGAGAAUCAUUGUGGAGGCCUCGAGGCAUGGUAUAUACGCCCUGGCAGAUACCUGGCUAUGCAUCAUUGCGCAUGACAGUACCAAGGUGAUGCUAUACUAUUUCAAGCAUAUAACAGAUUCUCCAGCUGCUUUAAGCCCAUCUGAAGCAGAGGAAACGACGGUUCUGGUGCAAAGGAAUCUCGAGGCAAUCAUGCAGAUGAGAUCUCUUGUUGCGACCGCGGAGCAUUGUUACCAUUCUGUUAUAAAAAUGAUUAUUGCCGCAGGUCUGCGUCCUCAGCUUACACACGUCUCAACAGAUGACCAAGACCAACCAGAAAACGAUGAGGCAUCUUCCGAUUCACAAUCACCUGUUCAGGAGUCCCCAGAGGCCGUCUUGAAUCCCCUUGCAAUCUAUCGCAUGGCUCGAACAGCUUUGCAUGGUAAGGAUCCACGAGGGUCCGCAUCCAACUCUUCUUUAACUAGCACGACGGCAUCUCCUGGUACAUUCCAAUCGCGAGCAGCGAGACGACAAUCAAACCAUACUCCGCAUGUGACAAAUUUGCUGCCAAGUUCUACAACCGAGCAUCCGCAACAGACACCCAUAUCGCGACCCCAUGGAUCUGGCGUAGUCCAAGCAUUUGACAACGCCCCUGUUUUAUCCAGACCUGAAUAUCAGUCACUAGGCUCCGAUCCUUUCCCGCAGUUCCGGCAAUUUGGUACUAAUGGCUCAUGGGAUCCCGCUGAAAUGGCUGUGAUGAAUAUGUUGAAUGAUGGGGUCACUCCCUGGACUGCAGAAUAUCUGACGGACGGCCAAUCGGGCGUUGAUCCAUUCUUGUUUCCAUUCUAA